AUGGCUAGCCCUCCUGUACUGGCUUUCGAUGCUGAGGGCCGCCCAGUGAAGUUCGAAACCUGGCUAGAUGAUCUACACCUCGUCCUACAGCUCAUUGCCAAGGAGGACAUCUCACUGUACGAUCACGCCCUAGGCCAUGCUCCUGCUCCUGCUGCUACUGCUGACAGCACUGCCCGCUCACAGUGGCAGACUCGUGACGCCCACGCUCGCUUCGCUAUUCGCAACUCCCUGCCGAUAGAUGAGUGCGAGCACUUUGGGCAGCACAAGACUGCACAGGCACUGUACACUGCUGUCGUUGCCCGCUACUCCUCACCGGCCUCUGCUGCACUAGGCCGUCUCUCUCUUCCCUACCUGUUCCCCGACUUAGCCUCUUUCCACACAGUCGCUGACCUCAUUACGCACCUCCGCACUAGUGAGGCUCGCUUCCGCGCCGCUAUGCCUGAUGAGUUCCUUGUCAAGAACCCACCCCCACUCUAUCUCACUCUCUACCACCUAGUCACCCGCCUCCCUGACACUCUGCGCUCAGUCAGGGACCACUUCCUAGCUCGCUGCCCCACUGAGCUCACCAUUGCCCUCCUCGAGAAGGAACUCCUUGCAGCUGAGGCUAGCAUAGUCGCUGUAGGUGCCUCUCGUGGCGACCCCCGUACCCCGUUCUUUGAGGGGUGUUCUCCUUCCCCCCUUCUUCCCUCUGUCGCCUCUGCUGCUGCUGUCGACCUCCUUGGUGCUGAGAAUGUCAGGACUGCGUCUGCUUCGAGCGGGCGCCGCAGCGGCAAGGGCAAAGGGGGCAAGGGCGGUGGCGGUGAUAGCGGGGGAGGCGGUGGUGGGGGCGGUGGUGGCGGUGGGGGUGGUGGCGCGACUGGAGGGGCUAGUGGCAGCGGUGGGGGUGGUGGCGGCAGCGGCGAGGGAGGUGGCAGGGGCGGAGGCGGUGGUGGGGGUGGCGGUGGACGCGGCGGCGGCAGGGGUUGGGGUGGUCGAGGAGGUGGCGGCGGUGGUGGUGGUCGUGGAGGCGCUGGCGGUGGCCAGAACCAGCAGCACACUCCGUCGCCCCAGGAGGUGCUGGUGAGGCAGCUGCUCUAG